AUGAACAACCGCGCCUCACCUUCAAAAACUCCACCGUCGAGUUCAUUCGGCCACCAUAACAAACUUCCACCAAUUGUAACCUCAAUGCACACUAGCGAACUACUUCCACCUUCUUCUCGAAGCCUUGCAUUUAGCAUUGAGAAUAAUAUGUUUACAUACGUGAAGUUGACACACGCAACAUAUAGCUUCUCUGAUGUUAACCUCCUUAGACAAGGUGGAUUUGGAUAUGUUCAUAGAGGUAUUCUCCCUGAUGGUAAAAAGUUGUUGUUAAACGGAGAAAAGGUGGAAGUGGACAAGGAGAACAUGAAUUUCAAGUUGAAGCGGAAACUCCUAGUCGUGUGUGUUCAUCAUAAGUAUUUUGUUUCUUUUGUUAGAUAUUGCAGCACCGAGUUUCAAAGGCUACUUGUUUAUAAUUUUACUCCCAGCAAUACAUUGGAAUUCCAUUUACAUGGAAAUGGAUGA